AUGAGUAACUUCUCGUUCCCGUUCGCUACCUCGAGCUUCCCUAGCCCUACUGGCGAAGCAACAGGCGUCGAUCCCAAACUCUUCUUAUGGGCGGUCCUUUCUAUAUGCAGUGUGGUACUCUUCCUCGACGCACAUGCUAAGAAAAAUGGCCCCCUUCCGCCUGGACCAAAGGGCUUGCCAUUUUUUGGGAAUGUCUUUCAGCUCUCAGACGAUGCGUGGCAUCGUUUCACAGAAUGGAAAUAUGUCUAUGGCCCCAUCGUCUAUCUGAACUUGUGUGGCCAGAGCGUCAUCGUCCUCAGCAGUAACAAGGUGGCUGCAGAUCUACUGGACCGGCGCGCGGCUAUCUAUUCUGAUCGGCCUCGCUUCAUUGUCGCGUGCGGGAUGCUCACGGAGGGCCUCUUCUUCACGUUCUCUCGAUAUGGCGACAAAUGGCGUCGCAUGCGCCGUGCUGCUCAUACGGGAUUGCACAAAGUGGUCGUCAACUUGUUUCAGCCGCAGCAGACGGCCGAGGCGACUUUGUUGAUCAAGGACAUUAUCAAGGAUCCAGGUGCAUGGGAUGCCCACGUCCGCAGGAGCAUUUUCUCGACGGUCCUCAAUGUGACCUAUGACACGCCAGUUAUCACGUCGAUGAAGGAUGACAAGAUAGAGGGCAUCCUCAGGUUUACCAAGCAUAUUUUGCGCGCUGCUUACAUCGACGGGCACAUGGUAGAAUAUUUCCCCUGGCUCCAACACCUUCCAUCAUGGAUCGCCCGAUGGAAGAAGGAUGUCGAGCGCUGGUCGUGGGAAUACAGCAAGAUGUUUCAGGGGUUUUAUGGAGGCGUGAAACAGCGCGCUGUAAUGACUGCUCGCCUCCUUAGCCCCAUUACUUCGGACCCUCAUCAUAUGCGUUCGUACAGAUCCAGGGAGAUGAACGGCCAAGUUUCGCUUUCUCUUUGCACGAGAAGCGUGCAAGCUAUGGGCUUACCGAGAAAGAAAUGGCUUGGCUUUCAGCUACCAUGUCGUGCGGCUGGAUCGGAAUCUGUCGUCGGAGUCACCGCUUGGUUCAUGUUGGCCAUGGUUCGUAACCCGGAUAUCCAGAGGAAAGCCCAGGCCGAGAUCGACGACGUUGUGGGGCGUGAUCGGCUGCCUACGUUCGCAGAUUACGAACAUCUUCCCUAUAUUCGAGCACUAGUUCGGGAGGUAUUGAGAUGGAACCCGGUCGAUCCUCUCGGUAUGCAGCAUCGGUCUACCCACGAUGACUGGUACGGGGGCUAUUUCAUUCCCGCUGGCACCAUAUGCAUUGCCAAUGUAUGGGCAAUGAACCGGGACCCAGAAAUCUGGGGCACAGACGCACACGAGUUUAAACCGGAGCGUCACCUCAACGCGCAAGGGGGGCUUUUAAAGGCGCCCGCAGACACGAGGGACGAGGGGCAUGUCACAUUUGGAUUUGGUAGAAGGAUAUGCGUUGGGAGACAUCUUGCAAACAAUUCUCUCUUCAUCAACAUAGCGUACAUGCUAUGGAUGUUCAGCAUAGAUCCGGUGCUUGGGGAAGACGGGAGGCCCAUCAUACCCACGGAUGAAAGUUUGAAUCUAGGCUUGGUUGUCCGCCCACGUCCGUUCGAUUGCGUUAUAACGCCGAGGCAUCCUGACGCCCUGGCGACAUUCGAACAUCACAAGCUCAAUUACGGCCUUUGA